UUGUUUUUAAUUUUGCGUUGAAUAAUUUUGUUUGAUUUCCUUUUGUUGUUGCUAAAUUUUUGGCAUUCAAGAUGUCGGUAUUUAGACAAACGCGUUUUACGCGCAAUAAGGAUAAUAGCAAGAUGCAAACAACUUCCAUCUUUGAAAAUGAAAUCAAAUACGAUAUACCGACAAUCGACUCUCGACCCACGAUGAGCACUCUUUCUCGACGUCAUAAGCUAGACAGACAUCCAUUGCAGUCUAUUAUAUCUGAGAAUGAGAAGUCCUUUACCAAGUAUGCUGGUCCUGCUGAUGCAGAUGGGCAUGAUAUACGCAAGGAUCCAAGCUAUACAAACUUCAAAGUACCCUUCGAUAUGGUUUGUCAUGAGCGGUACAACAAGGUUUAUAAAAAGUAUCAAGCACAGUUUCGUAAUGAAAUCAAUAAGCUUAUCGAUAAUCAAGCAUCGGCUCGAGAGGCGACCUACUUUGUGCGUAUUGUAUCGUACACAACGCUGUGGCCGCCGCUACAUACUGAAAGGGAAUUGGUCAAUACAAGUCGACGUUUCUAUCGCUUAACGCCGGAGGAGGAGUCGCGCUUUCAGUUCAUCAUGUCCAAUGAGUUCUCCUAAAUAGACUAAAUUCAAUGUAAAUUACACAGCAAUUUCGCAACUAAAAUUGCAUAAAGAAAACAAGCUGCCGAUUCCGUCACGAGUAUGUCUCGAAAUUGCUGUUGGCGUAUUUCAGCAAUUAUACUUAAUUCAUGGAACAAGUGCAUUGCCAACAAAAGCAAAAAAGGCAACAACAAAAGCAGAUCAAGGCAUUCCAAGUGCUUGAUGCAUAUUCGAUAUACACAAACAGUUGCCGUUUCCACGACACAAAUUUACAUAGCGCAUCUACCUAAGUGAUGCCCAAAAGCCACCGCAAAUGUUAGCCAACACACCAGUCAUUUACAUCAAAUAUUAAAACAGGGCUGAUAACCGACACGCCCAAACUGCCAAACACCGAAAAGCGGAAGUUCACAGAAGGAAAAAAGAACUGAAUUUCAUCUUGUAUGUGUUGUUAUUAUUUAUUUUAUUUUUAUUACAAGAAUACUCAAAUAUAUGGUACUACCGCAAAAAGCAGAAAAAUGUAAGUUGGGUGGAGAACGCAAAUUUUUCACUCCACUGAAUUAUUCAUGAAUACAAUUUUUACCAACAAAUAAAAUAAAGUCAGCACUGCACUGCCAAAAGUAACCGUUGAGGAAUUGGGCAUUGGGUGUUGGACGUGGACGUGGACGAGGGCGAGGACGUGGCAAGGAACUGGGAACUGCAGCUGGGCUUUUGUGUCGCCUCAGAUGCCGUUGUAAUAUUUAGCGUAAAUUAAAAUAUGUAUUAUACAA